AUGGACUCUCAAUACAUCGAUCCGGCCUUGCUCGCGGCUGGAUCUUCCAACAACGGCGAUGCAGGGACACAACAAGCUCCCUCAACUUCGUCUCGACCACCGGUAGCUCCAAACGCGUAUUAUGAUCCAGAUGAUGCCGACUUCCUCGACAACCUGUUUCCAGACGGUGAUCCUUUUUGGACCGAAUGGACCGACUACGGCGCGCUAGGCACGAACACGCAGCAGCAAGUCCAGCAAGAUGUUUCGCCAGGCGGGCAGUUUGCAUUCGUCGAUCAAGUUGCAUCCGGUACGAACACUGAGCCGCCGGUCAAUCAAGAUGUUGCCGAGGAUGUGGCAACCACUGUUCCAGCUAACAAUUCUCAAGGUCAUUUCCCAGUUCGAGCGUCCACUCGGACUCCAAGUGUUGGAGCGACUCCAUCCGACGAUUCCGACCAUGGUUUCGACCUCAACCUACGGACUCAGCUCAACUCUGAGCUAGGGCAUGCUGGUCAGGAGCAAGGUGAGAUCGCUGGUUCGCAAUUUACCAACGAUCUAGCUCCCGCCUAUAGCCAGAUCGAAGAACCCUACGACAGCUAUGGCCAGUCCAACAUGUUCGGCGACACUGACCUGACCUUCGACCAACCUCGAGCCUCAACUCAGUUUGAUGCGCGUGUUAACGGCUAUCUCGAAUUUCCCGUGGCGCCAUCAGGCCAGCAAUACCCCGGAAACGGGUACGAUCUCGACCAGCAGCAUGCUGUACAUGCUCUGGAGCAACUAAUGCAGCCGACUAUGCAACAGCUACCUCGGCAAACUAUCCAGCGGCCUGUCGAGGCGGCAGUGCAGCAGUCCCUCCAGCAGCUGGUGCAGCAACUUGUGCCGCAACCUGCCCAGCAGCCAGUACAACAACCGGUACAGCCAUCAGCACAGCAAAUAUUACAGCAGCCUGUAGAGCAGCUCGCACAGCAACCCAUCCUCCAUCAUCAACAAGCUGCCUCAGCCACGGGAUUUCCCAAUCAAGCUGGAUCCGGCGCCUAUCAGCAUGUUCAACACCAGCCUCAAGCUGCUCCAGCUACAGGAGCUGCCAACCAAGCCGGGUUCGGCGCGUAUCAACCCAUAUCCGGUGGCGAAGCAGCCAACCUGCUGAGCACCGCAAUCUGGACGCCGCCUGCGGAUGAUGCCGGUGUAAUGGAUGCGUACCUGAAUCGUGACCAGUGGUUUCAGGACCUCUAUGACGCGGCUAUUGACCUGACCAACUGCGCGGAUCCGCCUGGGAAGCAGCUCUAUGAGAAGUUCAGGAAAGGGGGAUUCUGCACACAGCAGUAUCUGCAGGCGGUCAUGCAAGACCUCUUCUGGAAGUGCAUCGGUCUGUACCCUCGUGCUCCCAACCACCAGCUCGGCUACAACCGAGGAGGAAGCACCCUUCCGAAGUGGCUCGACCACUCAACUCCAGCAGAGCGGAGCAUGGGCGUUAUCGCACGCUUGCAGGCCCUGGUGGAUGGGCUUAGGAAGCAGAAAGGGCUCGCAUCCGACGCAGCGGAUGGCGGCAACACUGCGUACCGCUUUGUCCUCGGACCCCUUUCAGAGCUGAAGCGCAAGGACUCAUGGAGAGGCAACAAUGUUGCUAGGCAGAAAGAGCUCGAUGAGACACGUCAGAAGAUGGGCAUCACCAAGGGGAAAAACAAGCGGGCCACAGCUCAGGCUGUGGAUGAGGCUGAUGAGGAGACGGAAUCUGAACGAGACGUCAAGCGGGCGAGGACUCUCACCCCUCCGCAAGUCCAGGACGAAGUUGGAGUCUCCUUGUUCCCACCAAGUCGCCCUUUGGCCAUUCCGACCAUAGCCAGAGCUGCUGUUACUCGCAUUCCAUCACCACUUACACAGUUCCGACACCAAGCUGCGCCACUGCAAGAGUCUCCGCGAGGUCAACCCAGCUCGUCCGAUCACGCUGUUGCUGACCCGCCUGCCGUCGACCCAGAGCUCGGUACUCAGGAGCAAUCUCGAAGUCAAACCACACCACCUGCGGAAGAUCCGUCAAACUUUCAGUACACACAGACCACACCCCCACCUAGCCGGGGAGCAACGUUGUCACGCCCCAUCCCGAUUAGGUCCAGGGAGUACUAG